AUGGCUCUGAAAAAGAAGUCCCCCAAAUCGAAGGGCGAGCAGCUUUACAUGUUAGAGGUGAUCGUCGAUCAGGUGAAAUUAAAUACGGAAAUAGAAAACUCAGACGUCAACAUCGAAGAUUUACUAGUUUCGGUGAGAUUCGCUGAUCUGCCGGAUUACGAGAUUCACAUUUCGGAGAAUACAGAGAACUGUGAUCAGGAUCCGAAGCCGUCCGAUGGCUCGAACGAUUCAAAAUCCCGGAAAUCGUGUAUAUUCGCGAAGACGCCCAGUUGCUUGAUCAAAGCCAUAAGAUGGUCUCCGAUGUACAUAGAACUGUAUCGUAAGAACGCCAGUUGCACGAAGAAAAAUUUUUUCGGUACAGUGAGGGUCACUUUGCCUACGUGCAUGUGCAACCACGUAGCUGCGACGCAAAAUAAAACCGAUGGCUUGUCGACGGCGUGCACAGUGAAGGACACGUACGAACUGACGGAUCAUCAAGGGAACGUAAGCGGUACCGUAACCGUGAUGCUGAGAUUAUCAUGUUUCGGCAGUUCCAUCAUCAAACAGUUCUCUCUGAGUGGAAAGUCCUUCAUGUUGGAAGAUUCGCCACUUCAGAAGCUUCUGUGUUCUUAUAUGUGUCCAAACAGGGAAAUGGACACGGAGGGCUCGAAGGAGGAUGAUAAACCGAUGCUGAAGAGGCCGGAUUCUCCACCGCGUAUUUCCAUGGACGAUCCUGCUUUCAAGACGUUGACCACCGCUGAGAAGCUGAACUAUCCUAAAUAUCGUGAGCUGGUCUAUUCGGCCUACCCUGAUGAGCCGACUUGCACCUGUAUGCCCACGAACCGAAGUGGACACCCUAUGGAAUGUCGCUCGGGCUGUACCAACCACUGUUGCAUGAAUUUAAGAAAUCCGAUGAUAUUGACGAAAGAUGAGAGACACGUCGACGAUAUAUUAGCGAACACCUAUUGUGUGAACAAUACUCUGUCAGCAUUGUACGCUCUGAAACAGCACGACUCCCUAACCAACUGCAACAAUCCGAAGAGAAUGAGGGGAGGUGGAGACAUAGAGCAGAUUUACGUGGAUCCGUCUUGCUUGAGGUGGUCCGACUACGACACUGAUCAUACUUGGUACGAAGAGAAAUAUAAACCUACGAGGUACGAAGACAACUAUAACUUUAAUCCUGGAGAAGAGAAUCGAUUGGAAGGUGGCGGUGAAGAAAGUUGCAGUUGUUCCGGUAGCCCGGUUUUGGUCCCACCGCGGGUGUCACCGUCCAAGGAAGGCCACGACGUGGUAGCUGUUUUCGACGCGUGCGAACCACGCGUGAUGUCCACAGGAGCGACGCCCGGUUGCAUUUGUCCCGGAAAGGACCCGAAGUGGCCCCGUGGUGCCGCUAAGUGCAUGAAGUCACCAUGCAUGGGCAUAGACUGUCUAAUCCGAGCGUUCAAAGAAGCGCAGGAGUUUGUAGACUCGAUUGGGAAAGUGCCAGGUCUGCCAGGACUCGGUUUAAUGGAUCCAUCGGAGAGCCCGUACUUCGGUAGAGACGUAGACAAGGAUUAUGUGCCCCAGGAACGACCGGUGGAAAGAAAGAAGGCAACUGGAAUGGCGCAAGCACCAACAGUAUCGGCUCCCACUUGCACUGCUCCUUGCAGUAUAAUGAACAAACCUGUCGACGAUAUCCGCCCUCCUGUCUCGCCUUACGCACCUCCAGUUCCCCGGGGUGUAACCGUGCCACCGCGGCUGGGAAUCGUCCGCGAGGCUAUACCCGUAUUGCCGGAGGUGGGUUCAACGAUCACGUCCCCGAAGCAUAGGAAGAAAGAAGAGAAGAAGGACGAGAAAACGGACAAGAAGGAGUUGGACCCCACGGCGUCCGCGAUGGAGUCCGAGAUGGGUCCUUGCGGUGAACCGAGAUGCAAAUCGAGGCGAAGAAAAGCUACGGACGACGGCAGCGUGACCCAGAGUGCCACUCACGUCUCCUCGAAGACUCGGAUCGGCGGCAGGCGAAUCAAUGCUAGGAAGGCUCUUCGAAAACCGAAAAAAGCGCCUAAAAUCCAUCCGAAGAAACGCAGCCCGAAGGCCGCUCGCGGUAUGCCGAGCAAUCACUCCGCCGUUAGUCAGCCGCUCCAGCGAGAUCUUAAAAUGGUGAGCGCGCAUGAUUACGGUAAGACCAUACCGAAAAAACAAUUAGGACCCGGUGGCGAUCGCAGUUUCGUCAUGCAAUCCGCGCACGCUCCGACGAUUCCGGUCAGCAGGCGGGUAAUGAAGUACGUCUAUUUCGUCGGUGAUUAUUACCCUGGCACUAAUUACGGGCACAGGAACUGCAUCGAGAUGCGUAUGAGGGUCCCGGCUAAUAUGGGUUGGUUAUGGACCACCACAACCACGGCGGGGAAAUUGAAACCGCGAAUCGGUUGGAGGCCGGGUGCUAUUGGUCGUUAUCUGUACGAGAUGCUGCAAGACGCGAAAGAGAAUUCGUUCGCCAUGGAGGAGCCUGAUUACGACACGACCGACAGAAAGGGUCGCGUGAAAAUGGACCGUGCAAGGAAGGAGAGGAUAAAGAUACUCGAACGCGCGAGAUCUGCACCACCGCGACCGCUGAAGACUACCUCGAGGAGACAGAGGACUGGUAGAACCAUGAGCUUCCAAUCCAUGCAGAAACAAUCUCAAAUGGAAGGCGAAGAGGAAGGACCGGAGCCACCGCCGACUCUGCAUAUUCACAGAAAGGACGGUACUUAUUAUGUGACCAUGUAUCCUAUCAGGCAGGAAACGAGCGGCGAGCCUAGUUUAGCUGAACCGAUGAAACCACUCCAAUUCAAGAUCGUGAAGAAUAAGGACGACGGUUCGACCGCGUCUAGCUCGACGGCGUCCGACAUGGAGAUCGAAUUCUCUCCACCGGCGGCGGUCAGCAGGUAUCGUAAGAAGCCUGACGUCGUCCACGUCGACACCCAAGUGCGUCAACAGGAGAUCAUAGAUACUUACAAAGCGGAGGAACUUAAGAAGAAGAGCAGGAGACCCGGUAGGAGAGAAAGAAUUGGAAGCGAGAAGAAGAAAAACACAUCGAAAGUCUCGAUCAAGAAAUAG